CAACAUUUGGAAAUGGUGAAAAUGAUUGAUGGGAUUUUUAUUUAUGUGGGAAAAGAAAGAAGUGAUUGUGGUCUUGACUGGUCAGGACUAUGAUUGCAUCACUGGAGUUGUAUUUACAUCAGCGCUGUACUGAUUCCGUUGAUGAAGCAGAAUUAACUGAAUGCACUUUGAGAAUUCAAACUGCAACAUACCUCAAAGGACCAAAUAGCCCUUGUAGCCUUAGGAAUGCAUAUAAAUCCAUCAAUAUUUUUUUCUAAAACUUUUUCACACCAUUUGGAACGUAAAUUGGGAUUUUUGUUGGUGUUGGAUGGUGCGUUUUUGUGAUUUUUUUUUAUUUCAUUAAUGUAACUUGACUCGGUAUUAAUUUUUAGCUCAUCAGGAAAAAAUGCAAUAUGACUUUGUGCACUGAUCUGUCUGCAUAAUAAACAUGUUAAAAAAUAGUAAUUCUAGAAAAAUAAAAUGUGUCUGGGGUCAGCAGAAGUUUGUGGUGCACCAAGCCAAAAAAGGUUGGGAAACACUGGCAUAUCCUUUUAUGUACAUGUUUCAAUGGCAAUUACUAGUUUAUCUUUACUUUAGUGCUUUAAUACUUUGGUGCUUAAUACAAUGGUCAUAGUUCAAACAUCAAAGGCACCUUACAUGAAAGGCCAUAUUCGUACUCUUUGUUUUCUUCCAUUAUUCAGUGUUGUUUCCAGCAGCAGGCUAUAUAUAUAUUUGCUACAACUAGAAUGAAUUCCCUUUUUUAAUGUAAUUUCAAAAUCGAAGAAGCUGUAUCUUAACAGGAGGCAGGAAGAAUCUGUUUAAUGGGUGAAAGAAAAAAUAGCCUUUGGAAGAACAUUCGGAAGGCACCACAUGCACCAACUGUCAGACAGGAAUAUACCGACUGUGUGAAGACAUUGUCAUAAAAGGAGUCAUGUUGCACUGCAAAGGCGGCACCCUUAAGCACAAGAGGUUGAAAAUAAAACGUCAAGUGAUGAUUGAAGAGAAGGAAUUGAACAAAAUAUUUGACAUUCUCAAAACCGGUAUCCAGGAAAUACAAAGGAAGAAUACCGGUGAGCUGAGCUUUGCAGAACUUUAUAGGAUUGUCUACACCAUGGUUUUGUACAAACAUGGGGAAAAGCUGUACGCGGGCUUGAAAGAGGCCAUCACUGAACACCUGACUAACAAGGUAAUGGAAGAUAUCCUUAACGCACUAAACACUAACUUUCUAAAAGUGUUAACGCUUGCCUGGGAUGACCACCAGACUGCCAUGGUUAUAAUCAGAAACAUCUUCAUGUACAUGGACCAAGUAUAUGUGCAACAAAACAGAUUGGACGACGUGCACAACCUCGGCCUCAUCAUAUUCAGGGAUCAAGUCUUCCUCCACAGCUGCAUUCGUGACCAGCUACGGCUGACGUUACUGGACAUGGUUGCCCAUGAGAGAAAGGGAAAUGUUGUAGAUAGGGCUGAUAUUAAAAAAGCCUGCCAGAUGCUAAUGACGCUGGGUAUGAACGACAGGUCGGUCUAUCAGAAGGAAUUUGAAGACCCGUUCAUAGAUAUGUCCAGAGAAUUCUACCAAUUGGAAAGCCAAAAUUUACUGUCUGAGAACAACGCCAGUGUCUACAUAAAGCAGGCGGACGCUAGGAUCAUCGAAGAGAUAGAGCGCGUGUUUCACUGCUUCGACAAGUCUACACGGGAACCACUGCUGGAGCUGUUAAAACAGGAGCUGAUUUUCAAACACAUGAAGCCUAUUGUAGAAAUGGAAGGUUCUGGCCUCGUCACGAUGCUUAAGGACGGCAAGACGGAAGACAUUGCGUGCAUGUACAAAUUGUUCAAACAUGCACCAAAUGGUCUCGAAACAAUGUGUGCAACAAUGAGUCUGUAUAUGAGGGAACUUGGCAAGGCUCUGGUGUGUGACGCCAAAGAGGGCAAGAGCCCAGUUGACUUCAUCCAGGACUUGCUUGACCUAAAGAUUCAGUUUGACCGUUUUCUGAACGAGUCAUUCAACAGUGACAGACUCUUUAGAAAAACCAUAAAUAGCAACUUUGAGUACUUUUUCAACCUCAAUUCCCAUUGCCCAGAGUACCUAUCACUUUUCAUCCACGAUAAGAUUAAGAAAAGGGCCAAAGGAUGGACAGAGAAGGAGGUAGACAGUGUUCUCGAGAAGGCAUUGAUAUUGUUGAUGUUCUUGCAGGACAAAGACGUGUUUGAACGGUACUACAGGAUGCAUUUGGCCCGCAGGCUGCUUAGCAGCAAGUACAUGUCCAACAGCUGUGAGAAGAAAAUGAUCUAUAGGCUUGAAAUCGAAUGUGAUUUUCACUUCAUCUGCAAACUAGAGGGAAUGUUAGAAGACAUGAACAUUACUAACGCAACCAUGGAAGAGUUCAGGCAGGAAGUACAGACCACUUCUCAUGCGGGCAUCGACCUCACAGUAAGACUUCUCACUACCGUUUACUGGCCAACACAUUCUGCGAACCCCAAAUGCAACAUUCCUCCUGUUCCUUGGCAGGCCUUUGAUGCCUUUAGACAGUUUUACCUCACUAAGCACUGUGAUAGAAAACUUACCCUACAAAAUCACAUGGGUUGGGCAGACCUCAAUGCAACAUUUUAUGAAACUCUUAAAAAGGAAGAUGGAUCGGACGUGGGUUCGACCCAAGGGGCAGGCUCCAAAACUCGGACGCACAUAUUGCAAGUUUCCACUUUGCAGAUGUCUAUCCUGAUGCUUUUCAAUUCAAGAGAAACGUACAGUUAUGUGGACAUCCAAGAGGAGACGGGAAUUCCAGAGAGAGAAUUAGUGCGGGCAUUGCAAUCGUUGGCCAGUGGAAAGCUGAGCCAAAGAGUUCUUACAAUGGAGUCAAAGUCGCAGGAGGUUGAAAACAACAGUGUGUUCACUGUCAAUGACCAGUUUUCUUCCAAACAGCACAGAGUGAAAAUACAGAGAGUUGAUAGUCAACAUGGCGAAUUGGAACAAGAAAGAAAGGAAACGAAGCAGCAAGUGGACGAUGACCGAAAGCAUAGGACCGAGGCAGCAAUUGUUCGAAUCAUGAAGUUCAAUAAGAGGAUGCAGCACGAUGUCCUGGUGACGGAGGUGACACAGCUUCUGCAGGCACAUUUUCUUCCUAGCCCUGUCAUGAUUGAGAAGCAGACGGAGGGACUGAUAGAAAGACAAUAUCUGGCAAGGGAACCAGAGGAUAACAAAGUGUACAUCUACAUUGCAUAGCAAAGACUGGGGAAUGACAAGGUGUGUUUGUUGGAUGGAGAAUACAAAAGAAACGCAAGACAUUUGUGCAGCAAUGUAAAAAAAGUACAUUGACCCACCCAUAUACAGUAUAUAUUCAUGGCUAAUAAAAGAGGAAGAUAUUUUCUACCGACA